AUGCCGACAAAAUGCACGCAUCACCUUGUAUUACACUACAUUGAGUAUGGCUUCUUGUCUUACCAAUUUCUUAGACCAACGUCGGUGGCAGCCAAUACGAUUAGUCUCACUGGAUUCAUGACUGUCUCUUCAUCGAGGCGGAUUCGCAAACGCCACGAUAUUGUAAGACGUAAGCUUUUAGCUUCACGCGUGAGAGAACCAUUAUUCGAGAAACUUGAAUCCACAUCCGGAAGUUCCCAGAGCAUCGACAUUACUGAGAUUCUUGAUACUGUUGUUUCCGGAAUUCCACUAAGAGCUCCUACAAACUAUGGCUUGUCAGGGACCUUAGAGCUGUCCGAGGCGGGCAGUGAUUCCUUCAUUCCAAACCGGCGAUAUCAUACGCUCUCAGAAACGAUCUACUAUCUACGCGGCCGUUUGAAAGACAUUCUAUCAGCUCAUCUCCCGAGAUCUGUGAACCAAAUCCAUGGUUUGGAACAACGUACAACAGAAGCAACUGCCAAUGAGAAUGCUGGAUGUCUGCCACGCUCUGCGAACAUCACCAAGUUCAUCAUUAAUUGUUUGGUCCCAAGAGCUUCAGAUACGGCCGUAGGCACAGUUGGACCUCCUCGAAGAACCAUGUCUCGUCAGUACGCCCAUAGCAAUUCUUACCAUUAUCUCAACGAAUCGUAUUCGACGGAAGGAACUCCGACUUGUAUCGGCUUCUCGGAAGCGACGCUGAAGAUCGACAUGACUAUUGAACCAGCCAGGCCUAAUCAUAAGACUGUGGCUUAUUGGUCUCAAACUCUAAGGGCCUUCAAUCUCCAAAAACGAAAUCUUGACUGGGCGUUGAUCUCGAUAAGGGUUCAACUCUUGAAUAUCACUUCCAAGAGAGCCCUUCUGAGUGAUAGAAAACCACACAACAAAAAUGCGCCGGUCUACUCCUCCGCUGUUGUAAAUGGAAUUGAGAACAUUGCUAUGUCGGCGGCUCGCCGGUCUUAA